CUCACCUUGAAAUUUUAGUAGCACUUUAAAUGUGGCAUUGGUCCGUCCUGCUGAAUGCAUUGACUGGAUACAGGUUCUACCAAAAUUUGUAAUCAUCACAAAUCGAAAAUAUUUGUUUUCCACUUCGAGAUCAUGCAUAUCUCGUUGUACCUCUUCUCAUUACUGUUCUGUUCCGUGUUGGCCGAUGGGCCUUGCGAUGUUAUGAGCGACUCUUGCAGAUCCGUCAUUAACGCGAGUGCCUGCUUCAACGAGUUUCUGGCGGGUGGAGGAAACAAGGAUCCUGUGCUUAACUGUCUUGUGGGCACAGAUGGGUCGGAUACUCCAGAGCAGAAGAUGUGUGCAUGCACUGGCUGUCUUGGUCCUGCAAUGUUGAACUGGAUAUCCAAGGUCAAAAUUUGCACUUAGCAAGGCGGAGAAGUUGGACGGCACAAGAGAUAUUCACAC